AUGACAAUUAAGCUUUUUGUCUAUAUAUUUUUCAUCCUUUUGAUUUGCAAAAUCGACAUUGUACGUGGUAGAAAGCUUGUUGGAAAGGCAAAGCUACCCCUUGCAUAUGGUGAGGGUACAAUUAAGAUUGGUUGUCCAACAGGAGACAUGAGAUGUGGAGGAUUACAUGAGUAUAAUAAAAAAGAACCGCUCAAGGAAAAUAUUGGAGGAAUGUUCGGGGAUGGUAUUGGAAUAAGAUAUGUGGGUGAUAAUAGAGAAAGUACUAAGAAUAUACAAGGAGGAGGAUGUGUGAAUGGUCAUGUUGUUUGUAAUGAUGUUAGUGGACAAAAUAGAAACAAUAAGUACAAAAUCUAUGUCAACAAAAAUGGCUACCCAAACAUUGAAAACAACGAUGUUACCAAUCCUAAGUUAACGGAUAACAGAAAUAACACAAAUGACAAUGGUAGCCGCAAUAAUAUCGGAAACAGAAGCGGGAGCAAUAAUGGUCAAAUCAAUGGAAACAUUUUCCGAAAUGGCAAUGCAACCGACAACGGUGAUGGCGGUGUCAAUAAUAAUAGCGUUGGAAUUGGAGAUGAAAGUGGAAAGGGUAACAACGCCAACUAUAGAGAAAGAUCUCAUCCAGCUCCUGGUUCAAAGUGA